AUGGAGGCUUCCAUCGAUUCUCCCACCGUUACAAAGGACGAACCUCUCGACUUUGAUGACUUCGGUAGUCUCGGUAUGUUGAUGACCGGUCCAAUCACUCCAGCCUCGACAGCUCCGAGUGAUCUCUACAUCGGAACCCCUUGUGGGGAUUCUCCUACUCCCAGCUAUUCGGAAAGCCCUGGAAACAGUCUCUCUCCAACUCCUGGCCCAGGUGAAGCCCCGAAAGAUGGUGAAAAGAAGCCAGUCAAGAAACGAAAGUCAUGGGGCCAAGUUCUUCCUACUCCAACCACCAACCUUCCUCCUCGCAAACGUGCCAAGACUGAACCUGAAAAGGAACAGCGUAGGAUUGAGCGUGUUAUUAGAAACCGCCAAGCAGCACAAACCUCUCGGGAACGAAAACGGUUAGAGUACGAGGCACUCGAAAAGGCCAAAGCUGCUCUUGAAGUUGACAACAACGAGCUCAAGAGCAAGUUGUCUCUCACUGAAAGGGAGAACAUCGAGCUUGCCCAACGUCUUUCCAACCUUGAGCAACAAGUCAAGAUGUUCCAAGACACCAUGAACGUUGCCAGACAGAUCGCCGACAAAGUCAAUUUCUCACAGUCUGGUGUUCCGGUCCGAACUGACAUCCCAUCACCUGUCGGCUCUGAUGACGUUCCCUCCAGAAUGUCCUUUGUCGACAACACUCUUGAUCCAAAUACCCUUUUCUCUAAUGAAGCAAGUAAUGCAUCAUCCCCGGCGUUGGAUAUCAACGUUGAAGCUCUCUACGAGACACAACAAACUGCUGUUUUGUUGUGUGACCUGCCGUUACCUACUGUUGGCAACAAUGACAUCGACGAUCUAUUCGAUUCAGAUGCCUUUUCUACAACUUUUCUUGAGUCUCAAACGGGGGACCAAGAUUCCGGAUACUCAACUAGCACGCUUUUCUCCCUUGAUUCACUGGUUGAUUACGACCAAACCGACCAAGCAGCUUUGGCAACGACUUCUGACCUGCAACCCGGCCUGCGCGCUCCUAUUGGUAGCGACGGACGAGCGACUGCAAUCGGAGUCGAGUAA